AAUGGGUACCUUCACCGCCACAUAUUUCCUCAAGAACGCUUUUUGGGACAAAAGAGGCCUUUGGACUGCCACGUUGGCCGUCGCCUAUUUCGCCCGCUGCUGGGAGAGCGCCGGAUACAAUAAGGCCGAGAUGAUGAAGGGUCACUCAAAAAUGUACGCGGAUCGACUCAAGCAGCUUCCAGCACACACCGACGCCUGGAAAUACUGAAAAUCCCGCCGACUAGAUGCUUAAUUUAGCGAUUUCCUGUGUUUUUUCUCGAUUUUUAGUCAUAAAGAAAAAUUUUAAACAUUUU